AUGAUCAAGAGCGACGACGCCAUGUCUCACGCGCCGUCCCAAAAUGAUCCAAGUUGGCCACCCAAAUCUCCCCACCAGGCCCUCAUCAGCUCUCCCAGCGGCCGCAAGAAAUGGGAGCAGCGCCGCCACAACCAAUCGUCGCCCGCCAUGGCCAGCCCUCGAACCGGGUCGCGUGCCGCGCAGCUCUUAUCGGACGGCAUAGAAGGGGGUGAUACUGAGGAGGAUGACGACGAGGAGACUCUGCAGCUCAAGCUUCAAGCUAUCGAGGCUCGCCUGCGGCUCAAGAAAUUGCAGGCUGCCAAGGCGAAGCAGGCCAAUUCGGAAGCUGAGAACAGCGAAAGACGUGAUAUAUUCAGCCCGCGGCCUCACAAUACUACGGCUCCUGGAGCACAGCCGCGGCCAGCAGGUCGCACUAGGGCUCAAUCUGAAGUUCAAGUCCCUCUGUCGCCUUCCGCCGACCGCCGAGCUCCGCUUGAUCCCACAUCCCCUGCACGUGUGAAACUUGGGAUCGACAAGGGCCUCCGCGCACAGGACGUUUCCCUUAAACGGCCUUCCUUGUUUCGAGAAACUUCAAAUACUUCUUCGCGACUCGGGUCGAACGCCCGCUCAGAUCGGCCAAGUUCAUUUAGCGGGCCCAGCGGAACUGCCGCGCGGGACUCGACAAUAGAGAGACCGAAAUCGUUCAGUGAACGGCUGGCUGAGAGCAGGCUGAGAGACAAUGAGAAGCUAGAGAAGGAUGAAAGGAUCCAAAAGGCAAGAAGCCGCGGCUUUGGAUUGGGUGCAGCGGAGCGUACGGGCAGCAGCCAGGACGACCGGACCCCGUCACAACUGUCAAAUGGAAGUGGUUCACAUACAUUUGAGAAACCCACCCGCCCAAGCUUCCUAAGGCGGAAGCAGUCUUCGAGCACUAACAACUCUUUCGACUCGUCCGCAAAUGUGACAAGGCCAGCAUCUCGCCAUCGUUCUGCGUCGCAAACGUCUGCUAGUGCAGAUGCACCUCCUAGAAAAAGCUCAAGUUUCUCUGGAUUGCCUGAAUCCACUCCAGAUGAGGGUGCGUCUUUCGAACCAUUCACCGGGAUUCAUCUCUCCAAGCGACUCCUCUCGCAUAACAUCGUUGCACGUGCGCUUGAUCAGAAAGAGCUAUAUCCGCUUCCGCGGCUGCUUGCAACUGUUAAAGGCCCUAACUACGAUCCCCCGGACCAUGAAGCAGAUUAUGUUGUUCUGGGAGUAGUCGCAUCGAAAUCCUCGCCGCGAGAUGUUAAAACCCACAAGACGGUCUCGACUGCGGAUCCAGACGAUGACGAUGGACCAAAUAAGUCAAAAUUCAUGGUAUUACACCUGACCGAUUUUAAAUGGGAAGUCGACCUUUUCCUCUUCGGCACGGCCUUCACAACCUUCUGGAAGCUCACGCCUGGUACACUAAUUGCCAUCCUGAACCCUGGAGUCUUUCCUCCACGUGAUAAAAGAACAGGACAGUUCUCCUUGAAGCUCGGCUCUUCCGAAGAUACCAUCUUGGAGAUUGGCACUGCUCGUGAUCUCGGCUUCUGCAAGAGUGUCAAAAAGGACGGGCAAGAAUGCGGCUCCUGGGUCGACAAACGCAAAACCGAAUUCUGUGAGUAUCACGUGCAUCUGCAGGUUGAGAAGUCCAAGCGCGGGCGUAUGGAGGUGAAUACCAUGGCAGGAUUUGGGAAGGGACUUGCGGGUAGGAACGGUGCUCGCCCAGCAGAGACCAACAAACAGUACGACAGCUACCUUCAUGAGACAAUGUAUGUCUUGCCGAAGCAUAUGAGCGGUAGAAGCGCAGCGAAUCGAUUGGACCAGGACGAUGACGCCCUGAACCGUGGUAUGAGCCGUGAGGAGCUACACCGCAAACGGCUGGCCGAGAGAGAGCGGGAACGCGAGCUUGCGGACAAGCUGAGUCGCAUGGGCGGCAAAGCGGGCAGCGAGUACAUGAGGGCCAAGGCAGGUAGCCGACCGGGCACUUCCUCCACGGCCGACAGUUCCAGAAGCAGCCGGCAACCUGCCGCUGGCGCUGCGGGCGCUUACGAUACCCCAUUCACCCGCACACAAGAUGCGCCAGAACCUGUCGACGCCGCUUCCCUUGGCCUCCUAGGCAAACGCGCGUCCGACGUGUCUCUCAAUCCCGUCAAGCGGAAGCGCACGACGACCUUGGGCGGUAGUUCUCAGCCCACUGCUUCGUCUUCCGCCCGCCACACAGCCGAACCGAUGGGCUGGGGCGGCGCCAAUAAGCGCGACCUCCUCCUCAGCCCGUCCAAGAAGCUCGUCAGCACCCGCCGCAUCGAUGAUAUGCUUCGUCGUGAUAGGCAGCCGCAGCAGCAACAACAACCGCACUCUCAACUAUCACCACGUGGUGUGCUGAAUCUUCCCGAGCGAAGCAGGAGCAGGGAGGGCAGCCCUAAGAAGAAAGCUAGGUUGAUGAUCGAGGGCAAGGGCAUCAGAGAGCCUGGACGGGAGAGCAUGGGGAGUGUGGCGGUCACGACGAAGGCACCAAGUAGCGAUGAUGACGAUUUGGAGAUCAUCUAG